AAAUCUAUCCUCUGAGCGAAGAAGCUACAGAAAUCAGUGCAGCGCUGAUAAUACAUCUAAUCCAUUUAGUUACUUUAGUUGAAAACAUCUGAGGUUUGACAGUAGCUAGAGAGAAGUGUCAUUUGGAAUGAAUAUAUUUUUUUUUAAUUCAACAGUAAACAUCUUUUUUUUGUGCAGAUCUCUUAUCUCUGUCCCCAACUAGUAUUUUUCAUGUCUAACCACUCCCGCUAUCACAUUAGAGAUUGUCAGGAUUCCAUGGAAUGUGUGAGAGUGAAAGCCCUGCAGCCAGUUUUUCGGCUUAUUUGAUUUUAAACUUGUUCCGUGUGCAUAGGCUACUUCUGUGCAAGACUAGUUGGUUUUCUGAGCUCUGUGAACUUGUCUUUAUUGAUGAAUAGGCUGUAAGGUUGAGUGCUCCAGUAUAUCAAGGCUGCAAUGAGAUGCACAUCAUCAACCGCCUGAUUUUCCACAAGUUUCCAUUUGACUAGACAAGCAAAAUGGAGGAAUUAGGUACAGUCCCGGUAGACCUGAGUCCAGAGGAGCGCUCUGAGCUGGAGGACAUCCGUCGGAGGAAGGGAGCUCUGCUGCAGGAGAUCCAGAGGCUCAGAGACGAGCUCAGAGAGGCCAUCAUAGAGGUGGAAGGACUGGAGACCAGCACAGAGGGCAGUAAAACUCUACAGAAGAACAGGCAUGUGGCCAUGGGAAGGAAGAAGUUUAACAUGGACCCCAAAAAGGGUAUUGUGUUCCUGGUGGAGAAUGAGUUGCUCAGACACACUCAAGAGGAUGUUGCCCAGUUCCUGUACAAAGGAGAGGGACUCAACAAGACUGCUAUAGGAGACUACCUGGGAGAGAGGGAGGACUUUAAUCUCAAGGUUCUGCAGGCGUUUGUUGACCUUCAUGAGUUCACUGAUCUCAACCUGGUCCAGGCUCUCCGGCAGUUCCUGUGGAGUUUCCGUCUGCCUGGCGAGGCUCAGAAGAUUGACAGGAUGAUGGAGGCCUUUGCCCAGAGAUACUGUCACUGCAACCCUGGGGUCUUCCAGAGCACUGAUACGUGCUAUGUGCUGUCGUUUGCUAUCAUCAUGCUGAACACCAGCCUCCACAACCCCAACGUGAGAGACAAGCCUGGAUUGGACCGCUUCAUCUCCAUGAACAGAGGCAUCAACGAGGGUGGAGACCUGCCAGAGGACCUGCUCAGAAAUCUCUAUGACAGCAUCAAGAACGAGCCCUUCAAGAUCCCUGAGGAUGAUGGGAACGACCUGACACACACCUUCUUCAACCCCGACAGAGAGGGCUGGCUCCUCAAACUAGGAGGAGGACGGGUGAAGACCUGGAAAAGAAGAUGGUUCAUUCUCACAGACAACUGCCUUUACUACUUUGAAUAUACUACAGAUAAGGAGCCCAGAGGUAUCAUUCCCCUAGAGAACCUGAGUAUCCGGGAGGUUGAAGACCCCAGGAAACCUAACUGCUUUGAGCUGUACAUCCCCAACAACCGUGGUCAGCUGAUCAAGGCCUGUAAGACGGAGGCAGACGGCAGAGUGGUGGAGGGGAACCACAACGUGUACCGCAUCUCUGCCCCCACACCUGAGGAGAAAGACGAAUGGAUCCACCACAUCAACUCUGCAGUCAGCGUGGACCCCUUCUAUGAGAUGCUGGCUGCCAGGAAGAAACGCAUAUCGUUAAAGAAGAAUGAGGAACAACCGUAGAACAUUCCCUUCUUCCUCUCUUCUCUUCAUCCCCCUCAUCCACCUCUUCAUCUCUCAUUCCAACAUGGGACACAAGCCUUUCUCUCCUCCCUAGAUUCAUUCCAUUCCUCACUUUUUUUACCUCUUUCUUUCUUUGUGAGGAGGACGUGUUGCUAUCCUGUUUGAGAGACUGGCCAGCACAAACAGGCAGUUCAGGAGUUCACCACUCAUCCACUAAUGUCUGUUGCUGCUAGCGGCUGAUCUGUACGCUACCACCCUAUGAAGUGUCCACUACUACCCUACAUACUACACAGUUAGUUCACUCACUCAAAGCCCCCUUCUCGUCACUACAUCUCUCCCUUCUUUUCCGUGACGUUGAAGUGAACUGUGAAAUAAAUAUGUAUUUUAUUCAGGGUAGCAAGCAGGGCCACUGAACCUUUCAUCACAAACAGGCUGCAACUCAUCAGUCUGAAGUGGCUUCCUCUCCAUCUGUAACUGAUCUAACAUUGGGGCAACGGACCAGUGUGUUUCCAACCGGUCCAGUUCUGACCGGUCACUGUGUGAAGGACAGAAUGCCCGGCGGCUGAGGAAGCCACUUUAACGUGUUAAGAUGCAGCCCUAGUUGUCUGCUGUGCUUUCCUCUAACUUCUUGGCUCCAGGUUAGCAUGUCUAUAUCAGCAUUCACAAAGUCCCACUUUAAUACUGUAGCCUCUGUGAAGGAGAUGACGCUGGUCCUUACUGCUUAGCCUUAGACCAUAAAAAUGUCACUCAUGUUCAAUUUAUGAUCAACCAUCUACGGGAAAUGUCCCCAGAAAAACUGACCAAUAAGGCAACAAUUGAGCAGUGAACACUAAAGUCGACGACUCUUGUCAAUGACCACUGGCGUUUCCUUCACCAGACUGUUAAUAAACUCCCUCAUAAAGACACGUAAACUGUUAAACCCAACUCUAUAAUACGCUACAGUGGGUUUUAAGAAGUUACAACGGCAGCUUAUUACAAUGUAUACUUCAUUUUGUAAAUACUUGUUAGAAUAUUAGAAUAUUGUUUACAACACACACGGAUUUAAUUUAUUGUUUAUUUUUGUUUGUUACAUCUUUUGUUUUGUAAGAGCUACUGUAGGACUGCAUGUGGAGAUGAGGGUUAAUCCUCCAUACACACAGAUGGACCAGACUCCUGUUAGUGUUGGGUGCAUUUGAGAAAGAUUGUUAGUGUUCCCUGUUGACACAAUAGAAUCAACCUCCAAUUGGAACAUUUAGAUUACCGUCCUGAAGGAACCUCUAUUACCCUCUAAGAGCCUGAAUGAAUGAGGCUCACUGAAGCACAAACACGUCCCAGACGCCUGUAAUGGCUUUCUUUCCACCAUAACCAUCAUGGAUAUGUGAAAGGGCUGGAUAGGUGUCCUUCAUAAUACUGAUGCCCAUCCAAUCCUGUCAGAUCUGUGAUCUAAAAGGAAAGCAAGCUAUGGGUGGUUAUUGGGACAUCACCCUAUGAUAAGUCUGAAACGACCUGUCUAAUAUGAGAACUGAAAUGAUGGUUCUGAAGUUGAAUCAUCAGUCAAGCCAGGAAAAGGCAUCAGAUUCCUCUUAAUGUGAUUGAAUUGAAAAGGACAACAAACAUGGAGCACUAAUAUAUCUUUCAAUAUUAUGUAAUCACUGAAAUAUUCAAAUGUAUUGAAUGAGUAACAAUGUUAAGGAUACAUGUCUAAUGAUACAUUAUGCCUGAAUUGACACGUAGAUAUUUGCAUUAGUUGUUUGUCAUUGCAUUAACAUUUCAUUAGACUGAAUAUGGAAAAUGCAGAAUUAGGAUUGUCUGCUGCACUUUAUCAACAUUUAAGCAUUAUACAGGCUUUAAAGAGCUGUACCUUUUUAGAUUGGCAAUACUAACUGUAGUAGCCUCCAGUGGUGUCCAGGCUGUCCUGCAUCAUCCUCACUGGUUGUGAUGAAGGCUUUGCAAAUCCAUAUUUUGAUCACUUCCAGCUCUGACAACUACAGAAGUUUUACUCUAAAUGUUGUUUACAUAGGAAAGUCUAGAUACAAAAAAAAUGAUCUCUUAGUCUUCUCUAGUUAUUCUUUGAGUGUUUGGUGUGACAGACACACAGCAGUGAGCCAACCUUCAGGCAGGGCUGCUGUACACUACACGAUACUGAAACACAGUAGACCUAUCUGGGUAUUCUUGAAGUGCAAAGUUGCCAAAAUGGAGUUGGGAUGUCACACUGUUCCAACUCAACAAAGAGACAGACUUUUGUGAGAAAAAACACUAAUGAAUACUUCUGUCCCCCAGACCCCAACACCACUACUUCUGUCCCCCAGACCCCAACACCACUACUUCUGUCCCCCAGACCCCAACACCACUACUUCUGUCCCCCAGACCCCAACACCACUACUUCUGUCCCCCAGACCCCAACAUCACUACUUCUGUCCCCCAGACCCCAACACCACUACUUCUCUCCCCUAGACCCCAACACCACUACUUCUGUCCCCCAGACCCCAACACCACUACUUCUGUCCCCCAGACCCCAACACCACUACUUCUGUCCCCCAGACCCCAACACCACUACUUCUCUCCCCCAGACCCCAACACCACUACUUCUGUCCCCCAGACCCCAACACCACUACUUCUGUCCCCCAGACCCCAACACCACUACUUCUGUCCCCCAGACCCCAACACCACUACUUCCUGGGAUAGUGUUUGAUUUAGUAUUUAUUUAUUUUUGUUUUACAACAAUGUAAAGAGGGAUAGGUCAUCUGUGCUAUAUGUAGCAAAAACAAAACCACGGUACGCUGGUGCCAGUCAACUGUUGUGAAACAAUAAACCACGGUACGCUGGUGCCAGUCAACUGUUAUGAAACAAACCACGGUACGCUGGUGCCAGUCAACUGUUAUGAAACAAUAAACCACGGUACGCUGGUGCCAGUCAACUGUUGUGAAACAAAAAGUGAACUGA